AUCAUGUUUACCUUCUAUUAAUUCAGGGUCAGCCAGCAAUCCCAAACUUUGAAUCUCGUAUACAAUGUUAAGCGCGAAUAAUAAGCAAGACAGCAGUUUCGAAACAAAGGCAAUCCAUGUUGCCAACGAUCCGGAACAAUGGAAGAGCAAGGCUGUUGUGCCGCUAAUAUCGCUAGCCACAGUAUUCAAGCAUACUGCUCCUGGCCAUCACGCAGGGUUCGAAUACAGCCGAGGCGGUAAUCCGACAAGACAGUGCAUGGAAAGCACUCUCGCCAGUCUAGAACAAGGGAAAUACGGAAUCGCCUUUGCUUCGGGCAUAGGAGCAGUUUUAUCCGUUUGUCAGCUUAUGAACACAGGCGAUCAUCUCGUGACACAAAAGGACCUGUACUUCGGUUCAAUACAUCUUUUCCAAGAACAUCUCCCGACGAAAUGCGGCAUCGAGGUGACAUUCCUGGACCUCACAAACGAGGACAGAACAGAAUUGAAGGCAUCUCUUCGCCCGAAAACGAAAAUGAUCUGGAUCGAGACUCCGACUAACCCCAUCCUCAAGAUCAUUGAUAUCAAAACAGUCGCCGAAAUCGCUCACGAACACAACCCCGACAUCAUCGUCGUCGUGGACAACACUUUCGCGUCCCCUUACUUCCAGAACCCUCUUCAACUCGGAGCCGAUGUCGUCGUUCACUCCUUGUCGAAAUACGUGAGCGGACACAGUGACGUCAUCAUGGGCGCCGCCAUAACAAACAGUGACAAACUCCACAAAGAAAUUCGUGAAUUGCAGAAUGACAACGGCGUUGUUCCGAGUCCCUUUGACUGCUAUUUAGUGUCCAGGAGUCUACGAACCUUAGCUUUGCGCAUGGCGAAACACGAAUCUAAUGCAUUAGCAGUAGCAAAACACUUGCUGAAUCACCCGCUUGUCUCAUGGGUCUCCUACCCAGGGCUGCCAAAUCAUCCACAACACGACCUCGCGUCCCGUCAAAUGUACGGUUUCAGUGGAAUUGUAGCAGCGAAACUCAAGCACGGAUCGGAUGAAAAAGUUCUCGAAACGUUUCUUAAAAACUUCAAGAUUUUCACGCAUGCAACCAGCCUUGGAGGCGUGGAGUCCCUCGUUUCUAGUCCAGGUCUGAUGAUAAAAUUUUCAAGUGUUCCGGAGAAAGAAGAGAGACUGAGACUGGGCAUCGAUGACGAAGUAAUCCGAUUUUCAGUAGGCAUUGAAAGCGUGGACGAUUUAAUCCAAGACAUCGACGCGGCUUUACAAGCAACACUGGAAGUUUUGGAGCAAUGAAUCUAUUGAAAAGUUCUGCGCUUAUAGCGUCUUAUAAGCGUUCUGAUGCAAAAAUAUCAAUACGGAAUACAAUUUGAUACGCUGAAAAAAAGCACCUGAGCAAAUGCUGUAACUUCGUAUUGAACUAAACAAAGCAAAUGCAAUAACGCACAGUCAGUGGCGUAAUUGUUGGCUCAUGAUCAUCUUUAGUAUACGUGGCAGAAUAAAUGAAGUGUAUGACUGACCUUGAUGCUGUAUCAUACAUUAUUCUUACACUGCAAUUACUGUACUGUACAGCAGUAUAAGGAAAGCGGGCCAGCUUUUUUUUGUGCAAUGUACAAUAUUCAUCUUUGAGCAUUGAUGGAUUUGGGUAUGACUCGUGUGAUUAAACAUGUGUUCAAGUUCAACAGUCAUAA